AUCACGACCCGAGCCAAAGGAGAAAAAGGGUCUGAAGUGGACAUGCAAAGCUUGUGGAGAGAAGCAGUCAUUUUUGCGGUUCAUCAGCCGAUUUUGUCAGCUCUGCUUUGCGGAUACACCCAGCCUGACCACUUGCUACUCCAGUGGUGGAGCUGCACCCCUGUCGGCGAUACCCCUGCCGCCUGCCCUGUUGCUGCGCACAGCCUGCCCUCAGCACUGCAGCCUCAGGUCCUGCUAAAACAUGUGCAGGGCCAAGCCACUCUCCCCAGCCUUCCAGACUUACGGUGAGGGCUCCGGUGCUGACUGUAGACGCCAUGUCCAAAAAUUAAAUCUGCUGCAGGGACAGAUUUCAGAGAUGGCAUUCAGGUCUCUGGAAGAACCUGGAAAUGUUGAUGAAGAGGAAAAUGUGGGGCCGAGGCAGGCUGAGCAUGAGAGUGUGCAGGAAAAACCCCAGUCCUCAGAGAACCGCUGGUUGAAGUAUCUGGAAAAAGACUCAAAAGGGCUGGGGAUGGAAGGAGGUGUGUGUUUCGAGAGCCCACCCUCAUCCAGGACAGAGAAGCCAGAUCCUUCCUUCAAUACAGGCCUGCCUAAAAAAAGGAAAUGGAGCCAGAGUACAGUCCAACCUCCACCCAGCCCUGAUGUCCAGAGCCUGGGUGAUUCUGAGGUUACCUUGGAGCCCCAGAAGGACGAAGCUGGCCUGGCCGGGAAGGUCAAAGAAGGCGGCAGCCACAAGGACAGGGGAACUGGGGAGCUUUCUGUUCCUCGGGUGGGUCCUCCACGUCUGGCCCCACAAGUCAGAGUUACAUCUUCCAAGUGGGAACGAUUCCUUCUGCCACCUGGAAAUGGCCCACGUGCAGACAUGGAGCCCUCAUUGGCCCUACAGAGAGACCCCAAGCAUGCUGGGGCAGCACUGGCUGAGCAGGGGAACCUAUGGGUCCAGACCCCAAGGGAAGGGCACCCCAGCAGGCCACUUGGUGCACCCAGACUUCCCUGGCCUGCAUAUACUUUCACGUCAGGGUCUCAGAGGCCCUGUGUAAAGCCCUCCGGACAACCACGGGACACUGGUCCUCUGGCAAAGGACAGUCCCUUGGUCACAGGGGGACAGGAGCCCCCACUUGUGCAACUAUGUGACCUUUUUAAAACUGGUGAGGACUUUGAGGAUGAUCUGUGAAGUGACUUAAACAAGGUUACCCACCUGGACACAUGUUACAUGAGCCCUUAGCCCCUGGACCUCGUGCCCACUAUCCAAAAAAAAAAAAAAUUUUUAGCUUCUAAAUAGGAUGGGAGGGGCAGUACCUGGGAGGCUCAGUUGGUAAAGUCUGUGCUUUCAGCUCAGGUCAUGAUCUCAGGGUCCUGGGGUCGAGUCCUGCAUCUGGCUCCCUGCCUGGGGCUUGAGCGGGGCAGGGAAGGGAGAGUCUGCUUCUCCUUCUGCCCCUCCCCUUGCUCAUGCUUCCAUCCCUCCCUCCCUCUCACUUUCUCAAAUAAAAUCUUAAAAAAAAAAAGGACCAGAGAGGAUUUAUACAGACUGUCAACAAGAACAAACUAUUAAGUUGUCUCUGGUUGCAACAUCUUUGAUUAAAGUGCUUACCAUUUAAUUACAGAUUGUUUGCAACACAGCAACAGAAUGGUUACAAACAGGUUUUCUUACUGUGAAAGCAACAGACACAUUCAAAAGGGAGAGAGUUAGAGUGGUUAUGGAACAGGCGGUAUUCUGUGAGCACCAGCCUCCCUCUGGCAACCCCUCCUCAGUUGCAGAUUGAAGAAGCGCAGGCUUGGACUGCCCUGUCUGCCCUGUCCUCCCCAUCCUCACUCCUGCCCCACCUGACAGAAUGUCUGCUGUCCUGGCUCUGAACUUGGAGCUGACCAGGUUUCCAGUAAAAAUCAACUAUAGGUCAGCUUACUAUUACAGUCAUUAAAAAAAGAAAAAGCGUAAGACCAUUAGGCAAGACAUUCUGAACUGCUGGUGUGAUCCUGGUGGGGAGAGAGCAGUAGGCGGCCAUCGGGCCUCCGCAUCCCCCCAGCAAGGACUCUUUGUCCACCCACAGGAGCCGGCAGACGCUUCUCUGACAUCGGCAGCCACACACAUGGGCCUCCCCCUCCCAUCACUUGCGCUACUGCCCUGGAUGGCUUGGUGCAUCCCCACCCCCAGAUUCUGGAAGAAGAAUGCAGAGAAACUGGCCCUGAGAGGGGCCCCGCUGUUCUACACUAGCUCAAAAACACGACCAGGAGACAAGAAGGGGGACGGGACCGGGGGCAGAAGCCGUCACAACGGGUGCUUCGAAUACUGGAUGGUGUCCAGCGCCGCCCCAAUGUCAUAGUUCUUGGUCUGCAGGAGCCUGGUGAGCCAGCCACCUUCG